AUGGCGGCCUCGAAACCAGAGCUGCUGCCGGUGUACCUGAACGUGUACAACGUUUCCAACUAUGAAUCGGUCAAGGUGCUUAACGCAGUGUUUGCCCACCUGUGGGCACCAGUGAAAUUUGGUGGAGUAUUUCACGUUGGAGUUCAGAUUGGCGACAUCGAGUGGUCGUACGGCAAGACUCUGACAGCGAGUCGGCCAGGGGUGAUUGGCUUGCCACCCCUAAGCGACACGAAGCACAGUUUCCGUGAAUCCAUCUUUAUGGGCCACACGGAGAAAACCAUGGAGGCGAUCAACGCCAUCCUCCGCGACUUGGUGGAGGAGUACCCAGGGUACCAGUAUGAUGUGUUUCGCAAAAACUGCAACCAUUUUGCAGACAGUUUGUGUGAGCGUUUGCACGUGUCAAGAAUGCCGGAGCACAUCAAUCGGUUCGCCCGCGCUGGGGCUUGUGCAGAAGACUUUGUGAAAGACAACUUCGGAGAUUUUAAGCACAGCUCCUGGGCACACAUUGUGCCCAGCUCCCUGGCCUCUUGCAUUGGAGGCAGCGAGAAGACGCCAGUGCGAGAGAAGUUUGGUCGAUAUACGGUGCCCAAGCUCGCCAAGAAAACGUUCCGCGUCCCUGGCGCGGUGCUUGUUACAGCCAACAUGGAAGUGGCCUGGGCACUCCUCCGUUUCCAGGUCGGUGGCGGCACCUUCGCCCCCCGGACCAAGAUGGUCCUCGUCCAUCUGAACGGCAUUAACACGCCGGUUGGGGUGAUCCAGCGCGGCCUUCUCAAUGCCAGGAGCCAGGAGGUUCUGCGCCAGCUGGGGGAGGUCAACGCAAGUCUGCAGGUUGCUUCCGGAAAGGAGCUGACUGUGGACUACCUGUGCGAGCGCCUGCUGCCCGUCUUCUCGACCGAUCACAUGGAGUACUCCCUGCAGGCCCGCUUCACUUUUGCACAGUCCUUUCUGUUGCAUGGCAUCGAAGAAGCAGGGCUCAAGACAGAAUACGACAAGAUGGCCGCGCUCUCGGUUGGAGACGAAACGAAAGGGAGAGGUGGCUCCGAGGCCAAAGAGCGAGUGAAGGAGUCUCAGCUGCGGGCAGAGGCUCCUCUGCAGGAGCCUGCGGCCGCCAUGCCUCCGCUGCUGCCGACGCUCGAGCGGCGGCCUCGAAUGCUUAAGCGUUGGGCCUUCACGCUUGACACCUUGUGCUCCUUGCGAAAUUAUAACAUUCCACAUGUAAAGCUUGUGGCGCACAUGGCGGCCUCGAAGCCAGAGCUGCUGCCGGUGUACCUGAACGUGUACAACGUUUCCAACUAUGAAUCGGUCAAGGUGCUUAACGCAGUGUUUGCCCACCUGUGGGCACCAGUGAAAUUUGGUGGAGUAUUUCACGUUGGAGUUCAGAUUGGCGACAUCGAGUGGUCGUACGGCAAGACUCUGACAGCGAGUCGGCCAGGGGUGAUUGGCUUGCCACCCCUCAGCGACACGAAGCACAGUUUCCGUGAAUCCAUCUUUAUGGGCCACACGGAGAAAACCAUGGAGGCGAUCAACGCCAUCCUCCGCGACUUGGUGGAGGAGUACCCAGGCUACCAGUAUGAUGUGUUCCGCAAGAACUGCAACCACUUUGCGGACAGUUUGUGUGAGCGUUUGCACGUGUCAAGAAUGCCGGAGCACAUCAAUCGGUUCGCCCGCGCUGGGGCUUGUGCCGAGAACUUUGUGAAAGACAACUUCGGAGAUUUUAAGCACAGCUCCUGGGCACACAUUGUGCCCAGCUCCCUGGCCUCUUGCGUUGGAGGCAGCGAGAAGCCACCAGGCCGAGAGAAGUUUGGUCGAUAUACGGUGCCCAAGCUCGCCAAGAAAACGUUCCGCGCCAUGCAGGAAGUGGCCUCGGAAGAGGGCUUCUUCAACUGGGUCCUCGUUGACCCCACAAGGCUCUGCCUUUACAAGGCCGGCCAGGGCGGGUACACUGAACUGCAGGACCGGGCUUGCAAGCAAGGUGUGCAAGGCCAUCUCUACCGAACUUCCAGGGGCCAUGCUUCAGAAAGCUCCUAUGAUGAAAGCAUCGAUCCCCGUUUCUUCCCAGCCUCCCGGUCAGAGGAGCACUUUGCCAGCGAGCGCGUCCUGUUUGGCGUGCUGCGGAUGACGUUCGGUGUUCGGCUCAGUACCAUUCAUUCAGUGCUAAGUGGUUGCGUAGGUGGUCACAGUGUAGAAGACCUCGGAAUGGAGGUUAGAAUGGAGAUACUGGUGCAGGUGUGA